UUGUUUGGGCUCUGGUUAAGCUAAAACCAGAAGUUUCCUCUCUGAAACGGUGACAUCGAGUGUUUGUUGGGUUAGAUUGGCGAGGAUGAGAGGCGUUAAUAGACUGAUAUUUAUUGGCAGAGCCUUAAGAACCAAUUCCACCGCCGUCUCCGGCGCCGGUGCCGGUGCCACCCUUCGGCAACCACCGCGACUAGCUCCAUAUGGCACAUGCGGGAGUUCUAACCAUCACAAGUUCGUUGAUCGCUUGGGUCUAUCAAGUCCCUCUGUUGCUCGCAGUGUCGCAGGGUUUAGUUAUAGUUCUGCUGCUACAUCUCUAGCUCAAGACGUUCAAGCAAAGGGUGAAGAUUGCUUCAAACCCAAAGAAGUUGUUCUCUUUCAGUACGAGGCUUGUCCUUUCUGCAACAAGGUUAAAGCGUUCCUAGACUAUUAUAAUGUUCCAUACAAAGUGGUGGAAGUAAACCCGAUGAACAAGAAGGAAAUCAAAUGGUCUGAUUACAAGAAGGUGCCUAUAGUUACAGUUGAUGGCGAACAAAUGGUUGAUUCUUCAGAAAUAAUUGAUAAGUUGAUCAAAAGGAUACAUCCAGAUUAUGACCUAAAUGCAGACGAAGAGAAGAAGUGGCGUGAGUGGGUGGAUAAUCACUUGGUGCAUGUUUUGUCACCAAACAUAUAUCGAACUGUUUCUGAGGCUCUUGAAUCAUUUGACUAUAUCACCACUCAAGGAAAUUUCAGUUUAUAUGAGAGGUUAGUGGCAAAGUAUGGUGGGGCUGCAGCUAUGUAUUUUGUGUCAAAGAAAUUGAAGGAGAAACACAAAAUCACUGAUGAGCGUGCAGCGUUGUAUGGUGCUGCGGAACACUUUGUUGAUGCUCUGAAUGGCCGAAAAUUUCUUGGUGGAUUGGAUCCUAAUUUAGCAGAUCUUGCUGUAUUUGGUGUUCUACGACCCAUACGCCACCUCAAGUCAGGUAGAGAUAUGGUAGAGCACACGCGGAUUGGGAAAUGGUUUUCUGAGAUGGAACAUGCAGUAGGACAGUCUUCCAGGGUCAGUGAGCAUAGGUAGAAAAACUACAGUCAGUUUAAACCUAUAAUUUAUAUACAAUUCUAUAUGGGUAAUUCAAAUAAGUUGGCUUCUACUAAGUUUGGUGGGUCUUAUUAAACGAUAUAUGUUUUGCUCUACUGUUUAUCUUGUAGUAAUGGUGGUGCUUUGGCACCACAUAUUGUUAUGGAAAAUCUGGGUAUACAUUCAAUAAAACAUCUCUCUCGGGAUGAACACAAUAGUCUCUCUUUUGCUUCAACUUGUUUGAUUAUACAAUUAUUGGACUGCAAAA